AUGACUUCACGCAAACCUCGGAAGCAGAACAAUCACAAUCCUGUCAAUCUCACCGAUUAUGAAUCCGACGCCCCAUACUACUCCGACAUGCAGCAACAGCCUGCACCCCCGCUCCGCUCGAACGAGGAGCUCAAUCUCUCUGUUAUCCGCCGCCACAAGCCCUCAGUGACCUCCAUCCUCUCACUUGCCCCCUACGCAGUGGUCUACAUCUUCAGCCCCACCACAAAACAAUGGGAAAAGAACGGAGUUGAAGGAACCUUAUUUGUCUGCCAGGAAACACAAGGUGAUCUAGGCCAAGAGCGCUACACUGCCUUCGUGCUGAACCGCCGCGGGUUGAACAAUUUCGAUCUUCCCCUCACCGAUGGCGAGAAUGUCGAAAUUACAGAGGAGUAUGUGAUUCUCAAAGCCGAGGAAAGUGAAGGUGAAGCCGGACAGAAUGGCAUCGCCGAUCCCUUGCACCCGCAGAAUGUACCCAACAACCAGACCGGCACGAACAACGUGCGCAUCUACGGUCUCUGGAUCUACUCGGAGCCGCCGCCAAACUCCACCGCAGAGAGUCGCACCAUAAACGCCCAGAUGAUUCCUCGCGGACGCCUCGAAGCUAUGCGCCAGAACAGCCUGCACGUCGCGGCAGUGGCGGCUUCCUCACAGACUGCCCCGAUGGAGGAAAUACAGGCUAGCGUGCCUAUGGGACGUCAGAUUUCGCUGAAGGAUCUGUUUGGUCAGCAGCGCGCCCAGGACGACGCUUGGAGUGUGCGAGCACACCAUCUGGGCCCCGAGCAGCAGCCGCAACCAUACCCACAGCAGCCUAACUAUCAACAUAUGGUGCCUCAUCAGAUGCCGGCUCCUACUCCCCCGCCCCAGCCGCAAUCCGAUGUGUUAGGAGAUUUAUUCCGGAGGGCAGGACUAGCUCAACAGAGCAAUGUGCAAGGGCACUAG